CAAUGGCUGGGCGAGCUGUACAGUCAGCAGGUCGGUGGAAUCAUCGGCGACGAGAUGGGAUUGGGUAAAACCAUUCAGAUCAUCUCGUUCUUGGCCGGUCUUCAUUACUCCAAGAAGAUCACCAAGCCCAUUAUCGUCGUUACUCCAGCUACUGUCAUGAAGAAUUGGGUCAACGAAUUCCAUCGAUGGUGGCCUCCUAUGCGAGUCUCUAUCCUGCAUACGUCUGGAAGUGGUAUGAUGGAUACCCGUCGCGAGAGCCAGAUGGAGCGAGAGCUUGAGUCCAGGAGCUACGAUGACGAGCGAAAGCCUCUCACCAAGGCUGCGAAGGCCGCUAAGAAAAUCGUUGACAAGGUCAAGCGUGACGGCCAUGUGUUGAUCACCACAUACUCCGGAUUACAGAGCUACGCCGAGUUCCUUAUUCCUACCGACUGGGAGUAUGCUGUAUUGGAUGAGGGCCACAAGAUUCGAAACCCGAACACUGCCAUCACCAUAUUCUGCAAGGAGUUGCGGACUCCAAAUCGGGUCAUCUUGUCUGGAACACCAAUGCAGAACAACCUGACCGAGCUGUGGUCUCUUUUCGACUUCGUCUUUCCCAUGCGGCUGGGCACCCUCGUCCAGUUCCGAAAUUCGUUCGAGUUUCCGAUCAAGAAAGGUGGCUAUGCGAAUGCUUCCAACCUGGAUGUCGAAACGGCUAUGAGAUGCGCAGAGACGUUGAAGGAAUCCAUUAGCCCGUAUCUGUUACAGCGCUUCAAGGUCGAUGUCGCAGCGGAUCUGCCCAAAAAGAGCGAGCGUGUUCUCUUCUGCAAGUUGACGAGACAGCAACGAGAGGCUUACGAGCAGUUUCUGGCAUCGGAUGAUAUGACCUCGAUCCUCAACGGCAAGCGGCAGAUGCUGUUCGGUAUUGACAUUCUGCGAAAGAUCUGUAACCAUCCAGAUCUAGUCCAGCAUAAGACCUUGUCAAAGAAAGAGGGUUUCAACUAUGGAUCCGGCGUCAAGUCAGGAAAGAUGCAAGUCGUCAAAGCCCUCCUGGAGAUUUGGAAGAAAGACGGUCACAAAACCCUGUUGUUCGCUCAACAUCGGAUCAUGCUGGACAUCCUCGAGAAGUUCGUCAAGGGCAUGAAAGGCGACUUCAAGUACCGCCGUAUGGAUGGAAAUACUGCCAUCAAGGACCGGCAGGCUAUGGUCGAUGAGUUCAACAACGAUCCGGACCUUCACGUCUUUCUGCUCACUACCAAGGUCGGUGGGCUUGGCGUUAACUUGACCGGUGCAGACCGUGUAAUCAUCUUCGACCCUGACUGGAACCCUUCGACGGAUAUUCAAGCUCGUGAGCGAGCAUGGCGACUUGGCCAGAAGCGGGAAGUUGAGAUCUACCGUCUGAUGACCGCGGGCACCAUCGAGGAAAAGAUCUACCACCGCCAGAUCUUCAAGCAGUUCCUGACUAACAAGAUUCUUCGAGAUCCGAAGCAACGCCAAACCUUCCAGCUCCGCGACUUGCAGGAUUUGUUCACCUUAGGCAAUGCCAACGACGGCGAGACCGAAACCAGCACUCUGUUCCAAGGUAGCGAAGUCAAAUUCGACGACACAAAAACAGGCCCAGCACCAAACCGCGGCAUGCCUACUCCUCCAACAGAUCCCGAAUCCUUGCAACUGCAGCGCGCUCACAACGGCGCAUCCGCUGGCACAUCUGCUCAGCACCUCGAAGCCAUCACCGGCGUCUCUCGCCAGGAAGCUUACGCGCCUGAGGAGUCCGAUUCCAGCGACAACGCCAACGACACCGACGCCCCGAAGGAGAAGGGCGACCGCCUCCUCAGCACCAUCUUCGCCCGCUCUGGCGUCCACUCCGCGCUCGAGCACGACGUCAUCCUCAACUCCCGAACCGGUAAGCCCAAAUACGCGCCCGACCCCAAGAUCAUCGCGCAGGAGGCUCGCAAGGUCGCUGCCGAAGCCGCCCGCGAGCUCCAGCGCUCUGCUGAGAUCGCGCGGACUAUCCCAGCCGGCGUGCCCACCUGGACCGGCGUCGUCGGCGUCGCUGGACGCCCUGAACAACGUCUACCUCCUCCGCGCAACCUGGGCGCGGGCCGCGGUGGCGGCAGAGGUGGAGGACGAGGUGGUGGCCCGUCGAGCUCGUCUGUCCUCUCGAAUCUGGCUAUGCGACAAAGGCAGGGCGGCCAGAACGGCGCUGGACGCGGACGCGGUGGCGCGACGUCGUCGACGACGCAGAAUCAGCAGCCGAAGGGCCGCGAUUUCUUGGUGCUGAUCCGCGACUUUAUCAAUGUGCAUGGGGGAAAGGUGCAUACGCAGGCGUUGAUCAACCAGUUCAACCGCUUCUGUGGUACGGCGCAGCGCACGGCGGAGUUUAAGGCGAUGCUGAAUGAGAUUGCAGUGCUAGAGAAGGGAACAGGUGGGCGGGGGAAGUGGACGCUGAAGGAGGAGUAUAAGCCGAAGAGGGAGUAGGGAGGCCGAGAGGGGUUGCUUGAGGUGAUGUUUGGGCGAUUUGAGGCGGGACUUUGAUGCUGGGCAUAUGAGUUGGGUGGUUGUAUGGGUGAUGGAGGUGGCUAUGCCUGGGGCGUGGUAAGGCGGAUUAUACCCUGAUACCCAGCGAAAUGGAUACGAUGAGAUCCUGAUGCUAUACUCGAAUCCGAAUGAACUUUCAAUGAUGAAGAGUGCUUUUCAUAGUACAAUGGGUGAUG